AUCGCGACGUCGGGACGCCGGCGGGCGCCGGCGCGGACCAUUGGUAUCCUUCCAUCGCAGCUCCGCGUUCAGUCUCUGGCCGUCUUUCGUGGAGUUCGCGCGCCGCCCAUCCCCAGCCUUCCCCUGCUGACCAUGUGUAUUGGCCGCCGCGGCUGGCCGUCCGAGAUCUGAGCGUGGGCCCGCCAUGGGCCACCCCCGGGCCACCCCCUCGGGCUGACGAUUCGGUGCGGGGCCGCGGAUCGAGGCCAUGGCCUACUGCCUGCUCGCGGUUUGGACCACCCUGCUGUGGCUCGCCUCAGCUACCGGUUUGGACCCUACGGGUCUGCUGUCAUCCGCCACAUCUCCGGGUCAGUCCAUCGACCUUCUGGGUGCCUUGGGUUUGCACAACAACAGCUGGGCAGGCGUUACACUGGCGCCCGGACCACAGCAGCUUCGGCCGGCAUACUACUUACAAGGAGACUACCGCGACCUGAAGCUGCCGGCCGCCGCCUUCCAGCAAGUCUCCGACCUGCUGCGUCGCAGCCCGGAGUUCACCAUUUCGGCGUGGCUCCGCCAAGAAGUGGGCAACACGGGGAGCAUAGUGAGUUUCGCACACGGCCUCAACAGAUACCUCGAACUGCAGUCCAGCGGCCGGAAGAAUGAGAUCCGGCUGCACUACACGUCGCGGGUGGACUCGAAAGUGUACGUGGAAACGUUCCAUUACAGACUCGCGGACAAUUUGUGGCAUCAUGUGGCUGUGUCGGUGAGCGGUUCGCAAGCGGAACUCUUAGUGGACUGUCAUCCGCUGUACAAAAGACUCUUGAGACCCGGCGCGCCCGACCGGAACUUCACCGAACCGCAACAGCUUUGGCUCGGCCAGAGGAACAAGCACUACCACUUUAAGGGCGCCAUGCAGGACGUGCGGCUGAUCGGAGGUCCCCACGGCUACCUGUCCCUCUGCCCCAGCCUGGACUCCACGUGCCCCACCUGCGGCCAGUUCUCCUUGCUGCAGAGCACCGUGCAGGAGCUGACUCGGCAUCUUCAGGAACUUUCCGAAAGGUUGGUAGCAGCAGAGGGACGUAUCAGUAAAGUGGAGGAAUGUGACUGUCAGAAAUCGUGCCACGUCAACGGGACGGUGCAUGCGGACGGCGCCACGUGGCAACGCGGCUGUGAUUUGUGCGCAUGCGUGCAUGGAGAGGUUCAGUGCCGUCCCGUCGAGUGCCCGGAACUGCCCUGCAAGCACCCGGUCAACAUAACGGGCGAAUGCUGCCAGAGCUGCCUCAGACAUUGUCUGUUUUACGGCGCUUUUUACGACCACGGGGAGCUGGUCACCAUUAAAAAGUGCGUGGAGUGCGAAUGCCACGACGGCAGCAUGCAGUGCACCAGGAUAGACCCGGAGACGAUGUGUCCCAAGCUCACGUGCCCCCCGGACGAGCAGUUCAGCGUCGCCGACAACUGCUGCAAGUUCUGUCCAGGUGUUGACUAUUGUGCAAAAGGGCAUGUUUGUCAUGCUAACGCAACUUGCCUCAACUUACAAACGACUUAUGCUUGUCAGUGCGACCAAGGCUUUCAAGGGGACGGACGAUUGUGUACCGAUAUCAACGAAUGCCAGCAGGAGGGCGGCCUCGAAGGCCACCACUGCCACCAGAACACCCGCUGCGUCAACACCCCCGGAUCCUACACCUGCGAAUGCCUCGCCGGUUAUCGCAGAGUGGACAAGUUCAACUGCGCCGAGCUGGACGAGUGCAGCACCGGCGAGCACAACUGCGACAUCAACGCCGACUGCAUCAACACCCAAGGAAGCUACCACUGCGUGUGCAAGGACGGCUACACCGGGGACGGCUACAGCUGCCAACCCGUGUGUAACCAGAGCUGCCUCAACGGAGGCAUCUGCAGGAGUCCGGGGAAGUGCGCUUGUCCCAACGGAUACACGGGCCCCAGCUGCGAGAGAGACCUCGACGAGUGUGCCACGAACGCCCACAGGUGUACCGACGCUUCGGUCUGUGUGAACAUGAUCGGCUGGUACUACUGUAAAUGCAAAGAGGGCUAUCAGAGCCCCGUCUCAGACAAUAAUUUAGGAACUCUAUGCCAAGAUAUUGAUGAAUGUGCGGACGAGCUCCACACGUGUCAUCCCUCUGCUCAAUGCGUCAACCUCAAGGGGGGCUUCCGCUGCGAAUGUCCCCCCGGGAAAGAAGACUGCCGCCUCAGUUGCAUGUUCGAGGGGACGGAAGUGGGGCACGGGCUGUCGCUGUCCCCGCAGAAAGACCCCUGCCAGACUUGCUUGUGCAACCACGGCGUGAUGCGCUGUGAGAAGCCCCGUUGCAACUGCUCUCUUCCAGGCAACGGCCAGAACCGGUGUUGUCCGCAGUGCGACAAGAAGCACGCUUGUCGGCACCAGGAGCUGCCCGACGUCAUCCUCAUGCACGGCGAGCAGUGGUCGUACCAGUGCCAGACGUGCGAGUGUUUGUACGGCGAGGUCGACUGCUGGGAGAUGAAGUGUCCGCCUUUGUUGUGCGACAACCCGGUGCAGGCGGCGGGGGAUUGCUGCCCCCACUGCGACGACUUGUGUCCUUUGGGUAACGCGUCCUCGUGGGGGCAGCCCUGCACCUUCUCCGGGCGGAUGUACGAGUCCGGAGCGCAGUUCGCCGACCCGAACGACCCCUGCGUGGCCUGCAACUGCAAGGUGCCGUUCUGCGCCGAACUGGUGAGCAAUGUCGCGUGUUGUGUGCAUCGGACGGAGUGCUUUGCUGCAGUUAUAAUUACCAUUGCGGUGACGAUGCGCACGCAGUGGGCUUUGACGGAGUGGUGGCCAGCACGGCCGGUGCGCAUGGACGCGACGGGGGCGGCGGCGGCGGCGCCGCAACGCCCGUCAGUGACUUUACUAAACAAUAUAGUGCAGCUCUUCGAGUGGCUAAUAGUAGUGGUGGGGUCGUCUACGUCAGUGACUCGAUGGGGGGCAACAAGACUGAACCAGCGCCUCCCGGUGGUUGAGAUGUCCCGCUCGAGGACCGGUCUAACAUUCCUGGACACUUGCGAGCCAAUUGUGCAAUAGCCUACGGCCACUCUGAGUGUUCUCCUCGCCUGUACGGCUGCUUGCUAGGCCUCAUCCCAAGUGUCUUCCUAGUACCGUGGCCAGGCUUCGCCUGAGCUUCGCCAGCUUUACAUUUGUUAUUGAAAUGUUACACACUAUGUUCGACGCGGAGCGGGACUACUAGAAUGUGGUGGCGGCGUACUGUAUAUCAAAAGAUUUUAUCCAACUAUCAACGUAUAUCAAAAAGAAAAUGUAUGUGUAUAUAUAGUAUAUAUCAUGUAGGUGAUAGCACGAACAAUCACGUUUUAAGCGCAAACUUGUAGCAUCCAUUUCUUGAAGGAGGCUUUGCUUUCAAGUGCGUUCUUUAAAACACACAUUUUAGUAGUCCGUUCGGUAAUGUCUCUUUCUGUUCGUGGGCAUUAUUACGGAAACUCUAGUCAAAUUAAUGAUGGGCUUGCUAGAGUGUACUUGCAAGCUUUACAUAUUAACAUCUAAAUAAAGUAAUGGAAGCAUAUCUAGCUACUUAAAAAUUAUUGCAAUAUUAAAAUUGUGAUAUUGUUAAAUGAGACUAAUAAUUAAUGUAACUUUUCCAUUAAAUGUAAAUUAGUUCCUGCGACAUGUGCGCUGUGUAGCACUCCGACAAAACGUGGAGUGUCCACUUUUGAGCAAAUAUUAAAUAUUAAAGAAGAACAUGUACUUAGCACAAAGUAAAUAUUAUGAUAAGAUAGGCUAAUCAAACACCAUCAAAUUUUUAAUAGUGUAUAAUUAUUAUUAAUUAUACUGCUGAACAACGAAUUGUUUAGCUGUUUCUUGAUUUGUAACAAUAUUCACUAGAUAAGUAACUUGUAAAUUAUUUAUUGCUCAUUAUUUACGUAUAUAGCGCAGUACCUAUUUUAUCGAUAUUUUUUUUACCAAAGAUGAUGUCACCGUUGUACAUAAUGAAAGAAAUUGCAGAAAUAAUGUACUUUAGGAAAACGAAAAAUAACUAGUUGAGACUAAAAUUUGAGCUAAAGUUUUUCAAAUAAGCACAUAGUCUUUGUCACACGUCAGUAUUCUUUUUCGAAUUUUAUUCAUUCGUAUAAUUGGCUUCGAAAUUACAUUCUUGAGCGAAAACUCGACUCUUUUUCGUUUUGUUCUUUUUGCCGAAACGAUUACUCCACAUACUACCGACAGUUGUGUACAUUCGAGAUUUAUAUUUAUUUACGAACAUGUUAUUGUACAAACAUCGCCAUAAUCCUUAUUCUGUUGUAAAAGAAUGUGUGC